UGAGACUCCUCGCAUCACAGCAAAGCUAGGGAAUGGAACGUUUGUUCUGCGUAUUACCCAAACAAAGCUGAGCGACACUGCUCUUUACUACUGUGAAGAAAUGGCUGAACGACGAAAAUCAUCUUCAAAUGUUACUUUUCUUACAGUCAAAGGUCCAGAACCAGAUAUCACUGCUGUCGUCCAGGACGUCCCAUCUGAUUCAGUCCGUCCAGGAGACCCAGUGACUCUGCAGUGUUCAGUCUUCUCCACCUCUGAGAAGAAAACAUGUCCAGAACAACACAGGGUGUUCUGGUUCAGAGCCGGAUCAGAUGAAUCUCAUCCCAGUUUAAUUUAUGUUCAUGGAAACAGUCAUGGUGAAUGUGAGACUAGUGCCGAGUCUCACUCUUCUCAGAAAUGUGUCUACAGCUUCUCUCAGGACGUCGACGCCUCUGAUACUGGGACUUAUUACUGUGCUGUGGCCACAUGUGGACAGAUAUUAUUUGGAAAUGGGGCAAAGCUGGACAUUGAAGCAGCCAACAUCUCAGCAUUUGGUGAGAGGGUCAAUACAGUUCUGUUUCUGUUGUGUGCUGCUCUGGUCAUCAGUUUGAUUGUCAUAGCCCUACUGAUUUAUACCAUCAAGACAAAGAAAUCUGAUUGUUUCAAUGCUGCUGCUGCCCCACAAAUAAAUGCUCCAGUAACCAGUGGUGUUCAACGAAGACAGACGACAGAAGAAGACUCAUUGGUUUAUUCUGUCCCAAACUUCACAAGAAAAAAAGCUGGCCGACGCGUAAGAGAGGGUGCAAAAGUAGUCGAGGGAGAGAGCAUCUACUCUGAUGUCAGGGUCUUGGGGUAUGAAUAACAACAUACACACUGAAGGUCCACAUUGAUGUUAAGUUUGUAUGGUAUGUUAUAUGGGAAUAUUUAGAAACAUGUUCAGUUUUGUUACAUAGAAAAAGUUUCCCUUGAGUGACAUGUAAAUACCUGUUGUUUAUAUUCUACCUGUCUCUUGCAGAUUUGGUGGAUUUUUUUUUGUAAAACUCUGUCAAAAAAGGAAGAAUUAUUGUUGGAUAAAUAACAGUUUAGUAAAUAGAUUGCAGCGUCCAAAUUUUUGUUGCCUAUACUGUUUAUAAUUUUUUUUAAAAGUUGGCUAAGUAUAUGUGAAACUUACUUGUAUAACUUUAUUUUGUAUAUUCAUGUUAAAGGAGUGUUUAUAUUUGCAGAGUUUUGUAUUGACAGAAGUUUAUUUCAACAGUUUUUAAACAAUUUUAAGAAAAUAUUCC